AUGGAGAAAUUAGAUGAUAAGGAACGGAUCUUACAGAGCUCUAUCAUGACUCACGCUUCGGUGCCCCAAGAGAUUCGGUCCCAAAAUCAAAUAUCUGACAGUAUGUUGCGUUUAUCCGUGGGUUUGGAAGAUGCUCGGGAUCUGGUUAAAGCGCUCUACGAUGCUCUGGAUGCACUGCCUUCAGAACCCAAUCUGGAAUAA